CUCCCUGGCCCCCCUGCAGGCGCAGUACGAUGAGGAUGAAGACACGUCCUUCCAGGCGCGCCCAAUGCCCUGUCCAGAGAAGACAGACUGCCCCAUCAAUGUGUACUUCAUCAUGGACACCUCGGAGAGCAUCGCGCUGCAGACUGUGCCCAUCCAGAGCCUGGUGGACCACAUGAAGCAGUUCAUCCAGGCCUUCAUCAGCAAGCUGGAGUCGGAGGUCUACCUGAACCAGAUCACCAUCACGUGGAUUAUCUACAGCCCCUGGACCAACAGCAAGGACCUGUACCUCCGCCGGCUGAACGCCGUCAACUACAUCGGCCGGGGCACCUUCACCGACUGCGCCAUCGCCAACAUGACCCAGCAGGUCAUGGCCCAGGGUGCCAAGGGCAUCAACUUUGCCGUGGUGCUCACCGACGGGCACGUGACGGGCAGCCCCUGCGGGGGCAUGAAGAUGCAGGCGGACGAGGCGCGGAAGGCAGGGAUCAAGCUCUUCGCGGUGGCCCCCAGCCAGAACUUCUUCGAGCAGGGGCUGCUGGAUAUCGCCAACAUGCCCUCCGAGCUGUACCGCAACCACUACGCCACCACCAAGCGCGGGGCCAUCGAGGUGGACGAGGACACCAUUGACCGGAUCAUCCAGGUCAUGAAACACGAGGACUACGCCGAGGUGAGUGACCAGCCCCCGGCUCUGUGCCCUGCUCCCCACAGCGGGGCCAGGCCUUGCCAUUACACUGACCCGGCCCGAGCCCCUGUUCCACGUCCGAGGCUGUUUGAGGGUGCCAAAGGGAACAUGGGGGAGCCAGGAGCCCCUGGACUGAAGGGGCGACAGGGGCGCCGCGGGGACCCGGGGACGAAGGGCAGCCCAGGGACCUCUGGAACCAAGGGCGAGAGGGGUGACAGAGGGCUGCUGGGCCCACGAGGCCCACAAGGAGCCGCAGGAGAGCCAGGCAGGCCGGGAUCUCGUGGGGACCUAGGCGACAUGAGCCCAAGGGGCGACUCGGGGCCCCCAGGACCGAAGGGUCCAUUGCACCUCACUCCCUCCUUUCCACAGGGGGGCAGGGGCGACUUUGGACCGAAAGGUGCUCCGGGAGGGAAAGGAGACCCAGGGGAGUCGGGUGACCCCGGCCCCAGCAGCGAGCCAGGCUGCCAUGCUGCCCUCACCAGCCCACGUGGCGCGCGGUGCCUGGGGAGCUGCGGGCGGCCGGCGAGCGUGACCCUCUGUCUCCCCACAGGUGCCAGGGUGGGUGUGGUGCAAUACAGCCACGAGGGGACUUUUGAGGCCAUCCGGAUGGAUGACGAGCGCAUCAACUCGCUGUCCAGCUUCAAGGAGGCUGUGAAGGGCCUGGAGUGGAUCGCAGGGGGCACCUGGACACCCUCCGCCCUGCAGUUGAGCCGGCGCGAGAAGGCCCGCGUCUUCGCCGUGGUGGUGACGGACGGGCGCCACGACCCACGGGACGAUGACGACAACCUGCAGGCCUUCUGCCAGGGGGACGUGAUCGUCAACGCCAUCGGCAUCGGGGACAUGUUCGACCAGCCGGACCAGGGCGAGACCCUGCGCUCCAUCGCCUGCGACAACCCGCAGCGGGUCCGCAAGAUGAAGCUCUUCUCGGAGCUGGUGGCUGAGGAAUUCACUGACGACAUGGAGGAAGUGCUGUGCCCAGAUCCCCAGAUCGUCUGCCCAGAGCUGCCCUGCCAGACAGAUGACAGGAACCCGGGGAACCCAAACCCACUUUUCUCCCUCCUCAUGGAAGAGGCGGUCAAGAUACAUUUCCCCGACACCAAAGAGACAAUCGCCCAGUUCCUAAACACCAGGCGGGAAGCCCAGGACCCCAGCAGCUAUGUCCAGCUGGUGGCCACCUUGGCCUAUACCGCCGAGAAAGCCAAGUUUGCCAGCGGGCAGGAGCGGCAGGAGUGGAUGGACCUGUUCAUUGACACCUUUAAAAUGGUGCACAGCGAAAUUGUGGGGGAUCCAGAGACCAUGCUGGGCCGCCUGACACUGGCCCGGAGCGACAGUGACCCCAUGAGCGCACGGCUCGCCCUCCUGCAGUACGGCAAGGAGCAAGAGCAGGUGGUGGCCUUCCCCCUGACCUACAACCUGACCUACAUCUCGGAGGGCCUGGCGCAGCUCAAGUACCUCGACUCCUCCUCCAACGUGGGCGCGGCCAUCAUCCACGCCGUCAACAACAUCGUCAUCAACCCGCAGAACCGGCAGCGGCGGGUGGCCCGGCGCAACGCCGAGCUCGCCUUCGUCUUCCUCACCGACGGCAUCACGGGCAGCAAGAACCUGGAGGAGGCCAUCAACUCCAUGAAGAAGCAGGACGUCAUGCCCACGGUGGUGGCCCUGGGGAGCGACGUGGACAUGGACGUGCUGCUGAAGAUCGGCCUCGGGGACCGAGCCGCCAUCUUCCGGGAGAAGGACUAUGCCAGCCUCUCCCAGCCCGGCUUCUUCGACAGGUUCGUUCGGUGGAUUUGUUAGCUCAGGGGGCGCGUUCUCCGGCGCCAGCCCCCCGCUCGUCCCCGGCUUGCCUGUCCCCUGCCACUGUACGGCCCCUCGCAAGCCCAGCGCGGCCCACCCGCUGCCCUUUGGGCGGCCUCUUGCUUUAACCCGAGUCCAGAGCGCAUCUCUCCUUGUGGCGGUGACGGCUGUCGCUCGACUUCAUGGUGCUAGUCAUAACCCAGGCCCAAGGCCUCGGCAUCCUACCGUGUACUCUCUAGUGCCCCAGCAAAGGAAUGGGAGCUGCACCCCAGCCAGCAGGAAGACAAGGUGACACGGGGAGCCCAGGGAUGUCCAGCCCCCCCCCAUUCCAAGUGUCCCUCGGCAGAGCUUGCAGCGCCCAAGGCUCCGGCCAGGGAGCAAGCUCAGUGGUUUCUAGGGGGCCCUGCACAGAGCCUGGACCUCAGCUGGGCUCACAGGAAACUCACUGAAGCCGGCGUUAGCCAGUGGCACCCCCGGGGCCGCCCUGUCCCCUCCUGAGCAGGGGUGGGUUGGCCUGUCCCCCCAGGCCUGGCCCAGAAGCAGCCCUUCUGGAAAAUGCUCCCAGGUGGCCCUGCCAGGGCAUUUCCCUGGCCGCCUCCUGCCACUGGACUCUGUUCCACUCCUCGUCUGCCUCCCUCCCUGGCUCUCCACGCAUCCACCACAGCCUGCCAAGGCCAGCGGGCGGCCGAGCACAGCAGGCCUGUCUGGGCGGAGCACACCCCCGGGUACGCGUGGGAAACCAGGAACUCGCAGCUAAGAGCUCCUGGCCUCCCCUUGUGCUCUGCCAACUCAACCAGUCAAUAAACUGCCCCACCCACUGC